UCACUAUUUGAUAUUCAAUUAUUUCAAGAACUAUGUGCAACGUAGUCAUAACAAUUUGCUUAUAAAUAAAGGCAAAUCUUUGGUCAUUUUCAAAACAAAAAACUAAAUCAUACAUUUGUUGUGAAGAUCAUCAUGAAAUCUACAUGUGCCAUUGUUGUUGUCCUCUCACUAAUUCUACUGUUUUUAUGUGAGAGUAUUGAAUCAAGAAAGGAUCCAGCAGGAGAAUACUGGAGAUCUGUGAUGAAAGAACAGCCGAUGCCAAAGGCGAUUGGAGGCCUUAUUGGUCUCGAUGGUAACUCGGAUUAUUACUCCACACCAAAAAUUUCCAACCAAAAAACCAAAUGUUCCGAUCAUAAAAAUACAUUAAACACUUUCACUAAAGACUUUGAACCUGUACCCCAUGUUACCUCCUAUCCUGAGAAUGAGGUUAAGUCAUCAGAAAAAAAAUUGUUUACCAAAGACUUUGAACCUGUGCCUAAUAUUAGUUCAUAUCCUGACAGUGAUGAGCUUAGAUCAUCAGUCAAAUCAAUGUUUACCAAAGAUUUUGAACCUGUGCCUAAUGUCAGUUCAUAUCCUGACAAUAAUGAGGUUAAAUCAUUAUUUACUAAAGAUUUUGAACCUGUGCCUAAUGUUAGUUCAUAUCCUGACAACAAUGAGGCUAAAUCAUCAGUAAAAUCUUUAUUUACUAAAGAUUUUGAACCUGUGCCUAAUAUUAGUUCAUAUCCUGAUAGCAACGAGGUUAAAUCAUCAGUAAAAUCAUUGUUUACUAAAGAUUUUGAACCUGUGCCUAAUAUUAGUUCAUAUCCUGACAACAACGAGGUUAAAUCAUUAUUUACUAAAGAUUUUGAACCUGAACCUCAUGCUACUGCUUAUCCUAAUGACGAAAUUGAAUCACCAGUAAAAACUUUAUUUAGUAAAGACUUUGAGCCACAAAGAGGUGACGUCACAGCUUACCAUGGGAAUACUUAUGUGAAUCAGAAAUUAUUUGCAGAAGAUUUUGAACCUACCCCACAUGUUACAACUUACAGCGAGUGAAAGGCAUCCUUGAUCUUAAGUCCACCACUAUAGCCUAUUCAAGGUUGAAAUUAUACUAUAUGGGUGUCUACUUAUGUUAAUUUAUGCUUGUAAUAGUAAGUUGAAUAAAUAAAAUUUGUCUCCCUUGGGCUAUAAUUUUUCUAGA